CAGUCAGAAACCUGCCAAGGUGUAUGAAAAUACUUGGAAUUUAAAGCAUAGUUUGAGGGUGAAUAUCAAUAGCGGGGUAUAUCCAAAGUAGAAGGGUCGAGUGAGCAAGGUUACUUACUAAGUUGCUGUUUCUGGCUCCCACUCCAUCAAACACUUUUCAAUUUUGCACCUUCCUGAAGCAGAUCCAUACAACAAUCGAAAUUUCCAAUCGAAAUGUCUGAUAGAAUUGAUCGCUUGAAGGCUCUGACAGGUCAAGAAGAAGUCUACGAUAAUUAUAAUAUGGAGGAAACGCAAGCUGAAGGAGAGGAUGCUUUCGUGCUCCCCGAAGGUUUCACAAUUACAGCUCAUCAUGUCUACGAGGGUACUUCAGAAGAGGAUAAUACUCCACCUAGACAAGCAUCAAAACCCAAGAAAUCGAGGAAAGGUAGUAAUGCUCGUGAGCAACAGUGGAAAGAAGAUGCAGAAGAGGAUGGCGCGGACAAUUUGACGGCUAGAAUGCGAGCUGGUAUGAAUCAGAAUCAGUAUGGAUCGUCGGCGCCAUUACUUUGUAUGUUGUAUUGUACUAUCUUUACUGGGAUAUUCUAAUCUUGAGAUGCAGAUCCUGAGCUGGGUUCCAAUGACUUCCCGGAGUACAAAGCUCUAGAAUAUGGUCAGCUUGCUGCGGAGGGUGAGCGUUUCUGUUCUUGGAAGACUGUAACUCAGUAUCCAUACCAAUAUGUUGGCAACGGUAAUAGACCGAAGGUAAGAGACUUAAUUGUCAUCUCUUCAAGUCCUUUUAUCAUAUAUAUUGCGAGGUCAAUUGUCGAUCGUCCUAUUUGAGUAGACCAUCCACUUGAUUCUUCGAUGAUUUCCCCUCGCUUCCGGCUCUUUAGAACCCAUAUAUAUACUGAUAAGUCUCUAGGUCACGGAGCGCUUUUUCAACAACGGUAAAUGCUACUUUCAAACUUGGGAUUUGUGAGUUAGCCUUGUUUAUCUUUCAACACUGACUUCUUUGACCUCAAAGUUGUUAUAGCCCAUUGACGGAUCUCUACACGUAUCCCCUGCUCCAAUUCUGACACCAGAUAGCUUUUACCUAUACAGACUAAAAGAAGAAUCAAAUCAAAGCCCGAUAUUCCUCGUUCCUACUAAGCAAGUUGAAUACUUUUUGGCUGUUAUCAAUAGAUCACUUGGUAUAAAUCUUACUAUUCCUUCCGGAUCCAAGGGCGCAUUUGAGGCGGUAUUCAAUAACGACGGCACUCCCUACCCCAGGUAUCUUGGUCGAGCUUUGAACAAAAACAUGGCGGAUGAGUUGAGAGAAAAUGUUCCACCUCGAUACUACAAGCUUGAUGGCGAACCUCCCAUCACGGAACCACCCGUAGACACAUCAUUUGAGGCCUUUAGAGCCAAGAUCGCGGCUAUGAACCUAACCGCAAAGAAUAAAAAAGCACAAAAUAAAGAGAGGCAAAAAGUCGAGCGAUUUGCCAAGCAACGAUCUUGGAGGGGUUCUACCAAGCGUGUUCAGCGUUAUCUCGGAUUGCGAAAACGUUCAGAAAAUGACACAGAUCAUACUUCCUCUGAUGAAAAUACAUUCUACGAUCCGGAGGAGCUUACAAAGUUUAUGAUGGAAGACGCGGUCGUUUUCAUCUGUAUAGAUGUUGAAGCAUACGAACUAAACAACAACAUCGUUACAGAGAUCGGCAUUGCUACUUUGGAUGUUCUGGAUAUUGCUAACAUGAAACCGGGUGCGCUUGGAAAGAAUUGGAGAAAGGCUAUUCGUGCAAGACAUUUCCGCAUCAAAGAGCAUAUGCAUCUCAAUAACACAAAGCAUGUUCAUGGAUGUGCCGAAAGCUUUGAGUUCGGGUAUGUUUUCCUUUCCCCGUUCAAAAAUCCCCGUGACUCCCAAUAUCAUUUCAUUCUGCACGUCAGCUUAAGGGUUUUGCAUAUUCCGGACUAUUUAACACCAUGUUCCCUCUCUUCGAGCCCUAUACAAAGGCAACUACUAACACUUAUGCCUGAAUAGCACGAGCGAAGUUAUCUCUAUAGACGAUGCACCUCACGUAGUUGGCACCUGUUUCAAAUAUCCUUUCUCCGAUCCCUCCCCUUCUGCCGAACUAGCCGAUAAGAAACGUAACAUCAUCCUCGUCGGCCACGAUGUCGAUGCUGAUAUUCGUUUCCUCCGCCAUAUCGGCUAUGAAAUCAACAAUCUCAAUCUGCAUGAAUGUUGUGAUACCACUCUCAUGUGGCGAGCUUUACAUCGGGAACAAAAUCCAACCAAGUUGUCUAAUAUCCUUGAAGAGAUCGGCGUUGCAGCUUGGAAUUUACAUAACGCGGGUAAUGAUGCCGUAUAUACUUUGCAAGCUAUGUUGGGAAUCGCCUGUAAGCAUUUGGUAGAUAGGAAGAUUGAAAGAAAGGAGAAAGACAAGUUGAAGAAAAAUAGAAUUUCUGAGUACGUCAAGAUAUCAAUUUCAUGUUGCUCUCUAAGUUUUUAUCAUACCCCGAUUCAUUGAGUUUUACCAGUAUACUAACUUGUGAAACAAACAGAGCUGUUAAAGAAGCAGCGGAAAUGGCCUAUGAGCGUGAAGAAGGUUGGUCCUCAGAUGGUAGUGACGGUGGUGAUCGCAUCACACCCAAGCAAGCAAAUGCCAAGAAAGCAGCUGAUGCUGCUAAGAAAGCCGCGAGUAAAAGAAAAAAGGUUACAGAUGUAAAUGAGUUGUGGCGCGAUGGGUCUAAACCAGUAACUGCUACUUCUUCUACAUCUUGGGCUGGUAUUCCUCAAGGUUCAAAUCAGGCUUCUCAAGUAGGAUGGGGAACACCACCUGCUACUCCGACGCGCAAUAGGAAUAUCAAUACUGGUUCUGCUCCUAGGCCUCAGCCAGCACUUAUACCUGCAGAGAAAUUCGGAUACUCGAGCGAAUAUAAGAGCCCAGCAAUCAAGCUUAACUCAUCAACUAGCACCAAAACUAGUUUUAAGUCUGCUGCUGAUAUCAAAGCCAACUUCAGGGAGCAAUUAAUGACUAAUAAACGUAUAGACGGUGAUCGGAGUCAAGACUGGGCAACUCGCAAUACAAAAGCAGUUUUUAUUUCAACUCCAACAGGCCAAGUAUCUACCUCUAUGCCCGUCCCCAUCAACCGAGCAUCCGCAUCUACAUCUGCCAAUAAUACCGAUAUCAAUAUUACUGGCCUCGAACAACAAAUGCAAAAUACCACACUCGCCGGACUUCAAGAACAAGGCAGGAUUCCCGGGGAUCUUUCAGCAAAAGCACCGAAGGGAAAUCGUAGGGUUAAGUGGUAGAUUUAGUUCUACUCUGUUUUUUUUUUUUUGGGCUUUUCCUUUCUUUUGUGCUUCGUCUCUGAGGAGAUUCAUGGGAUCUUCUAUCUUCUAUCUUUUUUCUCCGCUUGAGGACGCUGAGAGAUACUUAGCAUUGCAUGGAUAUUCAUACCACACUCCGUUUUUCUUUUUCUUUUCUUUCUUCUUCUUUGCGUACUAGAUUUCCUGCUCAGAUGUUUCUGAAUGGGAAUGCAGCGAAGAGCAUUACGUUGGGAUCGCGAGGAGAUUUCUUUUCAUUCAGUUGGUUUUUAUGGGUUGUGCAUGCAUGCAUGGCAUGAUGAGCUGGAUGGAUUUCUUUAGAUUCUAUUACAGCGAGUAGUAAGUAGAUUCAUGAGCAUUUUGUUGCGAGAAUUACAUAGCGUAGCAUCAUCAUACAUAGCAAGGAAUAAAUCUU